CAGGAGCAUGACAGAGGAGACGGAUGUGAAGCUGCGCUGCGGUGUGUACGGCGAUGGGAGCGUCUUCUCCGUCGAGAUCAAGCGCAAUGCAGAUGUGGAGGCGCUACAAAAAGCUAUAUUCGCGGAGAAACGAUACAGCGAGCGUUAUAAGUUUGCCGCAAGCGACUUGACGCUCUACUUGGCGCGAAAGGAAGGGGAAGCCACGUGGAUGAACCACGACCACACGGUGAAAGGCUUCUUGCGAGGUGGCAUCAGCACCGAGUAUGAAGAGAUGCUUUCGUCGUGGAUUCUCGACGAAGAUUGCUUUGGGAAGAACUUUCAGCCUGGUCGCAAGGAGAUUCACGUGCUGGUGGAACUGCCACAAUUGUCGGAAGCUGAGCUGCCUCGAGAUCGUCAACUUGUUGUGGGCGACGUUCAUAUCCCAAUCACGCAAAGUAUGUCGUUGAAUCCGCCAGCACUGGUCGCAUUUAGGAAAGCAUUUCUGAACGACAGUACCGACGUGAAAGCUGGCGCAUUGGUCGAGUUACCCCGAGACACGUAUCUUCUUGGUGAUUCGACACUCGGCUCUCGUAUCUACAUUCGUCAUUGCUACCCUGCGCUAUGGGAACUUUGUCUCGAGAGGAUCCACGAUGAAAAGACGAACACACCGCAUCUCGUGAUCCUCGGCAACCCGGGAAUCGGCAAGACGUUUUUCGGCUAUGUGAUCGUGCUUCAUCUUGUCCGUACUAAAUGA